CUGAACAAAGAGCAGGAGUCAGUUCCAGGAAGGGAAACACCUCCUUGCUGCUGCAGGCGGGGCAUAGUGUGAACUCAGGAAUUUUAAACAAAGCCUGUUACAAACUGCCCAGAGGGAGCCAUGGCUGCAGAGAACCCCGUGGAAAGUCUCCAGAAGGAAGCGACAUGUCCCGUCUGUCUGGAGUAUUUCACAGAACCUGUCAUCCUGGAGUGUGGGCACAAUUUCUGCCGAGCCUGCGUCAGCCAGUGCUGGGAGGGAUCCGAUACAGCUGCCUCCUGCCCUCAGUGCAGACAAACUGUGCAACAGAGAAACCUCCGGCCCAACAGGCAGCUGGCAAACAUGGUAGAAAUCGCCAAGCGACUGAGUUUACAGGCAGCAAAGGGAAGCGGAGGGGACGGGGUUUGUGGGAAACACCAGGAGGCUCUGAAACUGUUCUGUGAAGAGGAUCAAACCCCCAUCUGUGUGCUCUGCAGAGAGUCCCGGGCUCACCGCUCUCACAAGGUGGUUCCCAUCCAGGAGGCUGCCCAGGAGUACAAGCCAAAAAUCCAGACCCAAUUGAAGACUCUGAGGGAAGAGCGAGAAAAGCUGCUGGGAUUGAAAGUGACCGGAGAGGGGGAAAGCCAGGAGUAUCUGAAACAAACACAAACCGAGAGGCAGAAGGUUGUGUCUGAAUUUCAGCAACUGCGGCAGUUCCUAGAGGAACAAGAGCGACUCCUGCUGGCCCAGCUGAAGAAGCUGGACGAGGAGAUUGUGAGGAUCCAGAAUGAAAAUGUCAGUAAACUCUCCGAGCAGAUUUCCCAUCUCAGUGAGCUGAUCAGUGAGCUGGAGGAGAAGUGUCAGAAGCCAGCCAGUGAAUUCCUGCAGAAUGUCAGAAGCACCUUGAGCAGGUGUAAGAAGAGGAAGUUGCAGCAGCCAGAGGAGAUUUCUCCUGAACUGGAAGAACAAGUCAGUGGUUUCUCCCAGAAAACUAUUGCGCUACUGGAGGCUCUGAGGAAGUUCAAAGACACUCUGCCGUCUGCACUGGAGAGAAAAAGAGGGGAACCACUCGGAGCGCACAGACAGGCGAAUGUGACUCUGGAUCCAGACACGGCUCAUCCCAACCUCGUCCUGUCUGAGGAUCGGAAAAGUGUGAGAUGGGGAGACAGACGGCAGCGACUGCCCAAGAACCCUGAGAGAUUUGAUACUUGUGGUUGUGUGCUGGGCUGUGAGGGAUUCACCUCGGGGAGACAUUGCUGGGAGGUGGAGGUGGGGGGUGGGCUAUUCUGGGCUGUGGGGGUGGCCAGAGAGUCUGUGAGGAGGAAGGAAGGGUUCAGCCUUAGCCCUAAGGGGGGGAUCUGGGCUUUGCAGUGGCUGGGUCAGUUCUGGGCUCUCACCUCUCCUGAGACCCCCCUGCCCCUGAGCCGGUUCCCCAGCAGGAUCCGGGUUUGUCUGGACUGUGACCGGGGGCAGGUGACAUUUAUCGAUGCUGGUGACGAGGCCCCGAUCUUCACUUUCCCGCCGGGCUCCAUCCCUGGGGAGAGAAUCCGACCCUGGCUCUGGGUGGGGGGAUCCCGGCUCAGCCUGUGUCCCUGAGACACACAGGGGAGGGGCUGGGGAAUAGCUCACUGGAAGCCCUGAGAUCAGUCUCUCUAGCCUCACACACCCUUGUCUCUAUGACCUCUCCCUGUGGCCUUUCUAUCAUCCCGUCUCUAUGAUCCUGGAGGCUCCUGUGUGGUAGAGAAGCCAAUCCCAUCACUGACCCAGGGACUGUGCAGCCUGUUUGCUCCUGUCCUCUAUGAUCCAGGAGGACUCUGGGGAUCCUGGGUCAGACAGUGCCACUGAGACAUCGUGGGGAAGAGCCCACUGAGAAUGGAAAAAUGGGUUUCUCUAGCCAAGUAAUCCUAGCCCCUAUGCCCUGGAGGACUCCUGUCUACCCAACCUCUGGCCUCUUAGCUCUGUGACUCCUGGAAGCUCCUCCCCCUCUCUCCCUGCAGCACCAGAUAUGGGAGGGGAAGGGGUGAAGAACUUCUGGGGGUGCAGGAGGAGAAAAGAGGUUUUACCAUCAAUGCAAUAAAUCCACCUCCAGGAGAGGCAGUAGUUAGAGCAACAAAAAAUUUUCCCUUGAGCAGUCUGCAUCUACAUCAGGUGUUAGAUUGACCUAACUACAUCACACAGGGUGUGUAAGUUUUCACAGCUCUGAGCAGUUGUCAUAACUAUAAAGGGAAGGGAACAGCCCUCCAGUGUACAGUACUAUAAAAUCCCUCAUUGCCAGAGACACCAAAAUCCUUUUUUACCUUUAAAGCGUUAAGAAGCUAGGAAACCUGGCUGACACCUGACCCAAAGGACCAAUAAGGGGACAAGAUACUUUCAAAUCUUGGUGGGGGGAAGUCUUUUGUUUGUGCUCUUUGUUUUGGGGGUUGUUCACUCUUGGGACUUAGAGGG